GCCCAUGUCCUAUCUUUCCUCCGACUUCCCCGCUCUUACGAUGUUUCCAGUUUCCCAGUUCCCCACUUUUGUUACAUAACAUCGGCUCUCAGAUAAAUCUCCACCCUCUCCGAUCUUCUCUUCUCCCCCGGGUACACUCAGAGUACAACGCACAUGGAAGCUUCUCAACCCCUCCAACUCACCAUCGUGCCAAGGAAACGCAAGAACGAGGUGAAAGCCUCGCGUCAACCAGUCGUCCUUUGCAAAAUCACGUUGCGCAAUCAUCGUCAAUAUAGCCAACGCGAAGCUGCUGCUAAACUCGGUAUUUCACUCUCUGCGCUCAAGAGUGCUUGCAAAUAUUUUGGGAUCAACAAAUGGUGGUUAGAGCAGAGCUGGUGUGAUAGCGCCCCUUCGUACUCUGCUGACACGUCAUCGUCCGAAGACAGCAAGACAGCUUUAGAUUCGUCAUGUUUGGAAGUAAGAGACACGUCCAUCUACAGCCCUCCUCUUUCAACAACCACCCAGAUCACUGCUUUCCAGGAUAGAAACGACCUGGCAGGAUACAGGUAUCAAUCUUUUUUUGAAGAGGAAGUCUAUGAAGACGUGAUGGAUCUCAUGAUGGGUUGUGGGCGUCAAAGUUGGUCAAAGAGAUCCAUAUAGAUGCUUCACUGGAAUUGCAACCGACCUUUCAAAUAGUUCAUUCUCAUGACAGCAGCUUGACAUUCAGAGCUAAUGGAGCGAUUUUUCAUUUUUUGGUGGUUGGAUGCGCUGAUGCGUGGAAGCUGAGG